AUGGCUGGCAGAACACACGCCCCUUCUUCAAUCACUGAGGAUCCUGAUCGAUACGAGCCGAACGGGCUUCACCCCAUACUUAUCGGCGACGAGCUCCAAGAUGGAAGAUAUCGGAUUGUGCACAAGCUUGGAAUGGGGAGCUUCUCUACUGUCUGGCUAGCGAGGGACACCAAAGAGAAAAGAUAUGUGUCCCUGAAAGUGCUUGCUGCUGAUACACCAUUGGAUACCAAAGAGCUCGGUGUCUUACAACAUAUUGCUUCAUCGACGUUGAACCAUCCUGGACGUCAAUAUGUCAUUCACCUACUCGAUGAGUUUAUCGUUGAAGGACCGAAUGGCAAACACAGAUGCCUUGUUACAGAAGUAGCUGGCGAACGUUUAGCCAAAAGGCUUAGCUCAGGGUCAGACUUACUGGAGCAGUCACGAACUGUUGGUCUUCAGCUUGCACAAGCCCUGGGUUUCCUCCACGCUAUCGAAAUCACUCACGGAGAUUGCUAUACAUCCAACAUCCUCAUGCAAUUAGCGAAGUUUGAUGACUGGGCUGACAGCGACGUCUAUGAAGUCUUGGGUCAGCCUAUUGAACACGAGGUGCGCCGCUUGGACGGCGCGCCUCUAGCAAACAACGCACCCAAGUACACCGUAAAGCCGGGCAAUAUUGGCGCUUUGGAAGGUCGUCUGACUCUGAACAAAAUCCUCCUUAUCGACUUCGGAGAAUCGUUCUACCACCAUGAACGACCGGAAGAGAUUACCACGCCCGCGCCCUUUGCAUCUCCAGAAAUUGUCUUCGGCACCGAGAUCACUCCUGCUAUUGAUAAUUGGGCAUUCGCUUGCAUACUGUAUGAACUGGCUGCUGAUCACACUCUCUUCAAGAUGAUCUUCGGAUGGUUCAAUGAUACCUUGAAGGAUCAGGUCGCGAUGCUUGGGAAGCCACCCGACGCGAUGUGGGAGAAAUGGGGUGGACGAGAGAAAUAUUUCCAUCCGGAUGGAACUUCUAAAGAAUCGGAGGGAAGACGUCUCAAGGUUGAGCCCUAUCCACUUGAACAGCGUGUCAGGAACAUUGGCAAGUCGUUGGAUGAAAGGGAAUAUGGUUCUCUAUCAAAACCCGAGAAGCCUUUGUCUGCCGGGCUCCAGGACUUGUAUGACCUUCUCAGAGGUAUUCUGUCUUAUGUUCCAGAAUCACGAACUUCUUUCGAGCAUAUUCAAGAACAUCCCUUCUUCUACAAUGGUGGAUCGGCUUCUCUGUAG